AUGUUUCCAUCUUCUGGGUAUUUUAGAGGUGUAAACUGUCCUUUUUAUGUCAGUGGCUUAUGUGAAAGACCCAACUGCCAUUUUCGACAUUCUCGGGUCGAGGAAAAACCUAAGUCAGCAGAAAAUGGUCCAAACUAUUCAACAAGUGUCAAACCAUAUCAGCCUAGUAGUGCACAGUUGUUUUCUUCAACCCCACUGCAGGCAGCUACUUAUGGACAGAAGAAAGAUACUGCUGGAUACUCUGCCUCCACUCAGGAUGAAACAACAGCUUCUCAUGAGGCCGGCCAGAACUCAGCUAGUCAAGUAAUCCAGAUGACUGUUUCUAGCAGUUGUCCAAUUCCAUCAUUCUCAGACAGUCCACAGACACUACCUGAGCCAGAUGAGCUGCCUUCACCGCUUGAAUCUUUGCCAAGGAUUUCAGGCUUAGCAAAACCCAAACUCAAAGGUCCGGAAAGCUCAGGUCUGCCUUCAUAUAUACCGACUCCAAAGAGAGUUCAGCUAAUUGUUAAAGGGGCUGUACCAUCAUAUAACCCAACUCCUAAACAUGUGGAAAGUCACCACAAGAAAAACUCCAGCCACACUGUUGAGUAUGAUCCAGUUAAAAAUUUCUCUUUCCGGGAAAAAUCAAAUUCAGAUAAAGAGGAUGUUAACCACACUGGUGAUAUUGCAAAUGAAACGCAGAAAAAAGAUACAGAGUCUCUUCAGGGUGAGAGUGUUCAGACAGUUCCUGCCAAUGACAGUGGCAACAUUGACAACCCUGCAAAUGCAGAUGAAAGUGAUUUAACAGACUCUGAUGAAGAUGUCAGUCAGAAAUAUGAGGAUGAGAAGAAUCCAGCUGAUAAAAAGCUUCCACUUUUUGCUAACUUACUUACACCAUCUUCGUAUUUCACUGAAAAACUUAAUUCUUCUGUAAACAGAAAACUAUCUUCAGACUUUGAAGUCAGUUCAUCUGUCAAGUCUGGUGUCCCUGUCCAACAGAAUAGUUCAAUAAUUAACAGUAAGUCACAUAAACAAAGCAGUUCAAAGACCUUACAUAAGUUGCACCAUUCACGUCAUUCACAAUUAUCAUCAAAAGCUUCGUCAUCUUCAGUAGAAAAAAGCAAAGUAUUAAAAUCUACAUCGUUGUCUUCAGAGAGAAAUAAUAAUUUGGCAUCGUCUACACAUCCUGCUAAACCUUGCCGAUCAACAUCGAACUCUGAAGUAAAACAUUCAAAUACAGAUCAACUGAACAAAAGUGCAUUAAAAGUUAAACCUGACAAAUCCUUGCUCCACUCCUCUAAAGAUGCCAAAAUACAAAGCGGCUCCGUUUCCAAGAAAGAGAACAAGCAUAAGUCCAACACUUUAUCAUCGUCAUUAUCAUCAUCACAGAAGAAUAAAUCUAAUUCAUCAUCAUCAUCACAGAAGAAUAAAUCUAAUUCGUCAUCAUCAUCACAGAAGAAUAAAUCCAAUUCAUCAUCAUCAUCACAGAAGAAUAAAUCCAAUUCAUUGUCAUCAUCAGAGAAAACUAGAUCAAAUUCAUCAUCGUCAUCACAGAAGAAAAAAUCAAGUUCAUCAUCAUCAAAGAAUGAUUCUCGUAAAGCAGACAGCGCAGAAGAAGCAUCCCAUAAGUUUAAAUCCAAGGACUUAUCAAAUGGGCAAAGUGUUCACAAGAAAGAGAAUGUGGUCCAAACAUCAGAUAAAUCUUCCAGAAGCAAACAUUCUGAUUCACAGAACAGUCCGAGUGGACAGACUUCUGAGGUUAAAGAAACGGUACAACGCAAUGAUGCCUCUAUAAAGAAGAUCAAAAGCACUAACUCUAGUCUUAAAUCAGACAGUCGUCGACGCAAUAGUUUGAACGGACACAGCUCAACUUAUAUCAAGCAAGAAACCAUAGAUGUGCAUGAGAGAAUCAGAACUGAUGGGGAAAAUACAAUAAGAAGAGACAGCUCUGCUAUAAUAAAGAACAGUAGAGACAGUUCAGUAAAAGUGCUUACAAACAAUCAUAAUGGGGGAGAAAACAAUAGAACAGACUCAGAAAGGCGAGGAAGUACAGAAAACUGCAGUUCAGUAACAGAACGUAGAAUAAGUAACAUAACAGCAAACCUCUUUGGGGCGGAGAGUGAAGGGUCAGGAUCAGAUUCAGAUGUUGAAAUAAUUGAUGUUACUACCAGAGACUCACAGCCUGUGUACGACAUCAGCGAUUCGGAUCAAGAAAUGCAAGAGGAUAGCUCAGCAGCACCGCACUCAGAUGAGGUUGAUAUGCUGUCUGACUCGGACACAUUUGAUGAAUGUCUAAGAAUAUUUGAAGAGACUGAAAGACGCUUGGCGGCAAAAUCAGCAAAGUCACAAAAACUCGGCAUUAAUCUAGAUACAGCAAAACUUCGAGAA